AUUGCCCUUGCGGCGGCGCUCGCUCGGAAUUCACUCGCCCAGUUUCCACCGGCACCUGAGGGAGUUACUGUCUUGAAAUCAAAGAUCGACGAUGGCAUUGAGAUUAGUUACAAAAAGGCAAGAAAGAAUCGACUGCAUAAACGGGAAAGGAAAGCUGACCUAACAUCUAGCCCGGUCUUUGUGAGGAAGCUGAAGGUGUGAAAUCCUACGCUGGAUACAUCAAGCUUCCGCCGGGGACCCUGGAGGGGGUUGGCCAGGAGCAAGAUUAUGAUAUCAACACCUUUUUUUGGUUCUUCGAGGCCAAGGAGGAUCCAGAUAACGCACCGCUCUCUAUAUGGAUGAACGGCGGACCCGGCAGUUCUUCGAUGCCCGGGCUCUUCAACGAGAAUGGGCCUUGCUACAUCAACCCAGAUUCAAACUCGACGAGACCCAGUGAGUGGUCUUGGAACACUAAAGGUAAAAUCCCUUCAGUUAGGCCUUCAAUUGAUUCAUCGCUCAAAGAAA